AUGGCAGCCGACGCGGAAGCGGACGAGCUCGUGGCCGCAGCGGCCGGCAUCAUCUGCUCGAUGCGCGGGGCCGACCGUGCCGGGUGGACGCCGCCGUGGCGGAAGCCGGAGCCGGAGCAGGCGCUUCGGGAGGGGGAGCUGAUCUGGCCGGCGGUGGCGCGGGGGAAGCGCUCGCGCCGCCACUCGCCGUCGGCAGGCUCCUCGGGGGGCAAGGCCAGGUGGGGCAGAGCCAGCCCGGCGUCGCCGCUCGACUACAGCGGCGGCUCCGGCUCCGCCGCGUCCACCAGCGGCGGCGAGGACGGCGGCGGCUUCUGCUCCCUGGCCCACCACCGACCCGUACCGGCGACCAAGGUGGGCGCCAUCGAACGGCCGCAGCUUAUUACCUUUCCGACCCCGCUUCCACGCCCCACUGGUCAGCGACCACGGAAGAAAUCGAGGCUGCCGGAGAUCCAGCAGCUGGUGCGGUCUCUCGCUGUGGAGAAUGAGAACCUCCGCGAGGAGAUGCGGGAUUUACAGAGAGCUUGCAAGGCGCUGUCAAAAGAAAACAACACGCUUGAGACAAGGUUAGGGCAAUCGAACUCUCAGAACGAAAUCACUUCAAAGAAGCAGAAAGGAAAGGAGCAGCUUGAUCAGCAGUCGGUUACGCAGUCCGCACGAGACAGCUUCGUGCUACCAGAUCUCAACCUUCCCCCAGAGGAUUCUGCCGAUGUUUCAACAGUUCAUUGA